CGUAAAUAUAACCUCCAAAUCAGACAGACGUCCAAAACGAAUCGGUGUCGUCUUAGUGUUUUCUUCCAAAUUUUGUCAUAACAAGUCGGUUCAUUUCAGUAUAUUCUACGAAAAACUAAAUAAAAUGACUAAAUUAUAUACCAAAGCACCACUACUAACCAAUUUUAUCAAAAAUAUCGCCAUGACUUCUUAUGCAAAAAGACUGAACUGCACAGCCCCACAGAAGCUCCUUUACUCCGAAUACGGGGAUCCGCUCAAAGUAGUAAAUCUAUCGCCUGCAGAAUUGCGUGAUCCCCAGCCGGAUGAAGUGGUAGUCAAGUUACUCGUCGCCCCAGUAAAUCCAGCAGAUAUUAACACAAUUCAAGGAAAGUAUCCCUCCAAGCCUGCCCUGCCUGCUGUUCCAGGCAAUGAGGGAGUGGGCCAAGUUAUUAAAGUAGGCACCAACGUGAAGGAUCUGGUUGAGGGAGACCAUGUGGUGCCGUUGAGGCAAAAUUUGGGCACUUGGCAAACGCAUCUUGUGCUCUCAAAGGACAUUGUCUUAAAAGUACCACAGAAACUGGGAGUGAUUGAGGCUGCCACACUAACAGUGAAUCCCUGCACGGCCUAUCGAAUGUUGAGGGAUUUUACCGAGUUGAAACCUGGAGAUUCUGUCAUCCAAAAUGGAUCAAACUCCGCUUGCGGUCAGUACAUUAUCCAAAUAUGCAGAUCCUGGGGCAUCCGAACGAUCAACAUCAUCAGAGAUCGUCCCAAUGUAUCCGAUUUGAAAGCGUACUUAAUCAACCUCGGAGCCACCCAUGUUCUUACUGAAGAAGAGCUGCGAACCACCGACAUUUUCAAAUCUGGACAAAUCAACAAGCCGAAACUUGCCUUGAACUGUGUCGGAGGAAAAAACGCUCUUGAAUGCUCCAGACAUCUGCAGAAUGGAAGUCCCAUGGUAACUUACGGUGGAAUGUCGCGGGAGCCGCUAGCUGUACCCACUGCGGCUCUGAUCUUCAAAGAUUUGCAGUUCAGAGGGUUUUGGAUGACCAGAUGGUCUGAAAAAAACGCCACGAACAUCGAUCGCUUUGAAAUGUACUCUGAACUGAUAUCGAUGAUGACCAGCAAUGAACUGCACGGUCCAUCUUAUGAACUAGUCGAUUUUCACAAUUAUAAGGAAGCCCUCAUCAACACCCUGACGGUUAAAGGGAUGAUUGGAAAAAAGUAUUUGUUGAAAUUUGACUAGAUGUGCGAGUGCCAGUGUACAGUUGCUUUUUAUGUAAUUUUAAGAAUCAAUUUGUAAAAUAGUUUUUUGUUAAGACUAUCCGACGAGAAAAAGACUCAGCUGGCCUGGGUAAUAAAAUAACAAACAUUUUAA